AUUAAUCACAAAUGUCUACUGUUCUGUCCAGCCAAAGCUCCUUCCUCUACGAAGCAAAUUGGUCGCCGGAGAUCGACAAUUUGUUGUUAGGGACAUUGCUAAGCUUGAAGCGAGCUAAGGCCUUCAAAGGAACUGUCUUCCCCAGCGGUUUCAUUCUAGACGUGGCAGCCGCGAUUGAGUAUGAGCUGGGAUUUGCUUUCGAAUGGUUCGAGGUCGUUGAUCGGCUUCACUUCCUUGAAAAGCUGUACACAACAUUUAAGGAGCCCACUCAUGCGGAGUGGACAUACUGGAACCCUGAAUCCAACCUUCUCAUAGUGAUUCAAGACUCCUGGGAAUCAAUGUUGAAGACAAACCCCCUGGUCAGUGCUUACUACCACCAAGGGGAUCCCGCUUACCGGUUACUCGAUCAACUAUUCGCGACUAGUGACGUCAAAGUCGUGCAUGAAAAAACUGCUAUCGUGCUGUCUGACACAUUAGUCAACAAAGGCAAGGAACAUGCUGGUAGUGAUGAGUCGGUUAACGGCCUUGUCAAUGACGAAACAAUCAACAAUGAGUAUAUUACUCAUGCCCAACGCAAGCUUGUGUUUGACGAGCAUCAACAAUCAGACCGCGAGUCUACAACUGAUAAGGGUAAGUACUUCCACAUUGUGGGUAAGAGUGGCAAGCUCGAACGUAAACUGGUUGUACCAAGACGUGACUCGUUGCCACAACAGCUUCCACCUAAGCUCCCACCAUCUACAGUUCGGAGGAUUCAUCCAGCCCAAUUAUGUGGUGGAGGAUGCCAAGGAAGCCGUCGUUUUGAUGGGCACAUGAAAUGGUGGUAG